AUGCGCUCUCGAAAAAUUUGUCUGAACUGUCUGCGUUCCAGCACUCACAUCUCAAACAAAUGCACUUCCGGAGGUUUUAAAGUCUGCCAGGCAAAACACAACACGUUGCUUCACAUAGCAACGGCCCCGCAACAAGCGCCCGCCACUGCUGGCCCUUUGGGAAAGAACAACGAUACUUCAAAAUCUAGUGACACCUCAUCCGUGGUAACGACGCACGCCACCGGAGGCGAGGGCAACGCCAUCUUGUCAACAGCCAUAGCUCAGGCGCGCGAUCAUCAGGGCGUGCUACGACCUUGUCGCAUUCUAUUGGAUUGUGCAUCUCAGGCGAACUUCAUAUCACAAGGAUGUCUGACCAGACUCGGCCUCGUUCCCCGAUCACUAAGCGUAACCAUAUCGGGCGUAAAUGGAACGGUCGCAACAGCCACGCAAGCAGUAAAAAUUGAUUUACAAUCGCGAGUAGACCCCUACCGCGCUACAAUCGACUGCAUUGUUUCAGACCACAUCACCGACAGACUUCCUAUCAUAUCAAUGAGACGAAAGGAAUUUGACCUCCCACGAAACAUCAAACUAGCGGAUCCACAAUUCCACAUUUCCUCCGAGAUGGACCUCCUAAUUGGUGCCGAAAUAUUUUGGGCUCUUCUGUGUGUAAGGCAAAUACCAUCAGCACCUCGGCACCCGAAGUUGCAAAAAACGAGGCUUGGAUGGAAUCUAGCGGGACGAAUGACUGACUCAAAAUCUCUACCAAGGGUACAUUCUUUCCACGCAUCUAUCACCAAUGAACAGCUACACGAUCAACUAAGUCGAUUCUGGCAAUUGGACGACGGAAUAAACAACUCUGAAAACUUGACUCCCGAGGAAAAAUAUUGUGAGCAACAUUUCUUGGAUAAUGUUUAUCAAAAUCCGCAAGGUCGAUAUGUGGUCAAGCUUCCCGUCAAGAAUCAAUUAAUCAACAAACUGGGAGAGUCUCGAAGCAUUGCAACGUCUCGUCUCAAGGGCCUCGAAAAACGAUUUAAGCGUCAGCCCGAGUUGAAAGGGAAGUACAACCAAUUCAUCAAGGAAUACAUUUCGUUAGGUCACAUGCGAAAGAUAGAUUCACCACCAGAUGAAAGUGUGCCAUCCUUCUAUCUGCCGCAUCACUGCGUUUUCAAAGUCAGCAAUCAAACAUCCAAGAUUCGCGUCGUAUUUGACGCCUCAUGCAAAACCGCCGAGGGUUUAUCCCUGAAUGAUGCCCUUAUGGUGGGACCGGUCGUACAGCCAGAACUGACCGCCAUACUUAUCCGCUUUCGAUUCUUCCCCUACGUGUUUAGCGCAGACGUGAUAAAAAUGUACAGGCAAGUACUAGUGGAUCCAUCUCAAACGCGCUUACAAAGGAUUCUAUGGAGAGAUGAUCCUGAAAACGACAUAGAUACCUACGAGUUGCUGACGAUAAUAUACGGGACGUCAUCCGCUUCAUACUUGGCCACCCGGACCCUUAAUCAUCACGCAGAUCAAUACGCAUCCAGAUACCCGAUAGGUUCGAGAGCCGUGAAACGUAGUUUUUAUGUCGACGACUUCUUGUCAGGAGCAGACACGCUACAGGAGGCUAUGGUACUUAGGGACGAAUUGAUAGAAUUAUUGAAGCUCGGUUCCUUCGAGCUCAGUAAAUGGGCGUCAAAUUGCCCAGAGCUCCUCCAAAACAUAAGGGAUCGCGAUAGCGAGUCAAUUGCUCUUCAUGAUGAGACCGAUUCAAGUAUACUGGACAUUCAUUGGAAUCAUAUCGAGGACGCCUUACAUUUCGCAUAUGAUUCAACCUCCUCUAGCGGCACCGUAUCUAAACGUGCAAUCUUGUCAGAAGUUUCCAGGUUGUUUGACCCUCUGGGACUUCUCGGACCUGUCAUCGUAAUCGCCAAGCUAAUUCUUCAAAACCUGUGGAAGGCCGGCAUCCAUUGGGACGAGUCCGUACCGCAGGAACUGCAUACAAGUUGGCUAAAACUCAAGUCUCAACUACCUGUUGUAAACCAGUUGCAAAUCACUAGGUGCAUCAAAUUCCAUCCAGACCCGCAGUUCGCACAAUUGCAUGGGUUUUGUGACGCGAGUCAAAACGCAUAUGGCGCGUGCAUAUAUGUUCACACAAAACUGGAAACUGGGGAAUACCGUUCGGAAUUGCUGUGCUCUAAGUCAUGCGUGGCCCCCCUCAAGGCCGUGUCCCUACCGAGACUGGAGCUUUUGGCGGCGGUUCUGUUAGCCCAGCUGAUAACUAAGGUGAGAAACUCAUUGGACUCGCCGGUGCAGGCAUUUCUUUGGUCGGACUCUACAAUAACUUUGAACUGGAUAGCGUCAUCUUCGCGUAACUGGUCAGUAUUCGUGGCAAACAGGAUCGGAGAGGUACAACGAUUGACUCAAAUCAGAGAUUGGCCUUCUCCUUAUAACCCGGCGGACAUACUGUCUCGAGGCUUAUAUCCUCGUGACCUAGUCGCAUCGUCUAUGUGGUGGCAUGGCCCCACCUUUUUACAGUUACACGAAAAUCAUUGGCCAUCGGGAAGUUUUGCAUGCUCAAGCGAUGACCUGCCCGAGCAAAGGAAAAUAGCAGCGACAGUCGUCAAGCCUGAGCAGUGCAUAGUCAACGAACUACUCAACAAAUAUUCUGGGCUAAGCAAAAUCCUGCGGAUUGUGGCAUAUUGCAGAAGGAUGCUUAGGAAACAACCCAUUGCACCAACCAAUGUAAUUUCUUCGGUUGAAAUCUCGCUCGCAAUGGAAGCGGUUUGCCGAGCGGUGCAAAAACAAGUUUUCCCCAAUGAAUACGCGGCAUUAAAACGGGGAACCAAUAUCAAUACGAGCAGCCGUUUGUUAUCGUUAUCGCCAUUUAUAGAUAAAAAUGAUCUAAUUCGAGUAGAGGGUAGGCUCAAAAAUUCGGACUUAGAUUUCUGUGUGCGCCACCCCAUUCUGUUGCCACGCAACCACGACUUAACCCGAAAAUUAAUAAGACACGAACACAUUCGCAACAAGCACGCCGGAACGCAGGGUACUGCCAUGGCUUUCGUCAGGCAACGAUUCUGGCCGCUAUCAUUGAGAUCUGCCACUCGCAAGAUAAUACAAGAAUGCAUAGUUUGUUUUCGAGCAAAACCGUGA